CUCUUUGGGCUAAAAGUGCAUCUAUCGCCGAAGGAUUUUCUCUCAUUUCCCCUCACUUUCUCUCCCGUUUUCUCGCAACCCAAACACUCCAAUUCCUUAAGGAUCUGGCGUUUCUUCCACUUCAAAUCUCACCUUUUUUUUUUUUUUUCCAAUCGCGCAAAAAGGCAGUGAGUUGGAACAAAAUAUAAUCGAAAGGAAAGCACUUUGCGGGGAUUGGGAUUUCUGAAUCAAGGGUUCCGUGAUCUGUAUAUGCGUCUCAAUGACUAUGGAAAUCGUGGUGGAUGCGGCGUCGUUUGACGCCGACUUGUUGCAGCUCAAUGAGGUGUCCCCUUUGGCCCUCAAAUCGAAUCCGAGCUACGUCGAAUCGCUGUUCGAGCAGUGGCUUUCGCUUCCUGAUACUAAUCGCCUGGUGACACAACUGCUAACUGAAGCAAAGGCAGGUGGUCCCCUGAAUGUGCAGGGAAACUCUUCUAGUCCACAUGCCACUGGAGGCAGUACGUUGCCUUCCAUGUUUCCAGCCGGCAGUGCACCACCACUGUCACCAAGAAGUUCAUCUGGAUCCCCUCGCAUUAUGAAACAGAGGAUUGGUCCUUCUCAUUUAGGUUCUCCGCUGAAGGUAGUUAGCGAGCCAGUUAAAGAAGUGAUACCUCAGUUUUACUUUCUACAUGGUCGCCCACCUCCAAAUGAACUGAAAGAUCAAUGCUUGUUUAGAAUCAAUCAGUUUUUCUCUGGCAACUCAGACGGACUGCAGAUUCAUGAAUUUAAAUCAGUUGCUAAGGAUAUCUGCAAGCUGCCUUCAUUCUUCUCUACAUCUCUCUUCAAAAAGAUUGACGCUAAUAGCACUGGAUUUGUAACAAGGGACACAUUUAUUGAUUAUUGGGUCACUGGAAACAUGUUGACAAUGGAUAUAGCUACUCAGAUAUAUUCCAUCUUAAAGCAACCAGAUCUCAAUUACCUCACUCAGGAUGACUUUAAACCUGUCCUUCAAGAACUUUUGGCAACUCAUCCAGGGUUGGAGUUCUUGCAGAGCACACAAGAGUUUCAGGAAAGAUAUGCUGAAACUGUAAUAUACAGAAUAUUUUACUACAUAAAUAGAUCUGGGAACCGUCAGCUCACACUCAGGGAGUUGAAGCGUGGAAACUUGAUUGAUGCAAUGCAACAUGCAGAUGAAGAAGAGGACAUCAACAAGGUUUUGAGGUACUUCUCGUAUGAGCACUUUUAUGUGAUAUACUGCAAGUUUUGGGAGCUGGAUACAGAUCAUGAUUUCCUGAUCGACAAAGAGAACCUGAUCAGAUAUGGUAACCAUGCACUUACCUACCGGAUUGUUGACAGAAUAUUUUCUCAGGUCGCAAGAAAGUUUACGAGCAAGGUUGAAGGAAAGAUGGGGUAUCAAGAUUUUGUCUACUUCAUUCUCUCGGAGGAGGAUAAGACUUCUGAGCCUAGCCUUGAGUUCUGGUUCAAGUGCAUAGAUUUGGAUGGAAAUGGAGUUUUGACACGGAAUGAACUGAAUUUCUUUUAUGAGGAGCAAUUGCAUAGAAUGGAGUGCAUGGCCCAAGAACCUGUUCUCUUUGAGGAUAUUUUGUGCCAGAUAAUUGACAUGAUUGGACCAGAGAAUGAGAGCUAUAUCACACUCCAUGAUCUGAAAGGCUGUAAGCUUUCAGGAAGUGUUUUCAAUAUCCUUUUCAACCUUAACAAGUUCAUGGCCUUUGAAACUCGUGAUCCAUUUCUCAUUCGUCAGGAACGUGAGAAUCCAACCUUGACAGAGUGGGAUCGAUUUGCACAUAGAGAAUACAUCAGACUUUCAAUGGAAGAAGAUGUUGAAGAUGCCUCAAAUGGAAGUGCCGAAGUUUGGGACGAAUCACUAGAGGCUCCCUUUUGAGUUCAACUCAGGAAUAGGAUAGGUAAUUUCAGUUUCUUCUUUAAACUGGCAAUCAGACAGAACUGACGACUCGUAGAAUCAGUAUAUCGAACGAGCUGUUGUAGUGCAGAUACCUGCACUGUUGUUGAGGGUAAAUUCUGAACUCGGUGGUGUCAAUGUACCUUUUUUUCCAGCAGCAAAACUGAAAGAAUACUGGUCUACAUGUUCAUGAAUUGAACAAACGACGGGUCAGAAUGGAAGCCCCAAAGCCUCAAAUCAUAGCAUUCAGAAUAGCUGUCUGCUCACGAUUAACGACGGCCAGUUGAAAGAUAAUAACAUCCGUAACACGUCUUUCUCUCCUUCUGGUUCAAUUUGUUGCCUCAAGUUGUAAGAUAUCACUUAUUUAAGGUUAUAAUUUAUGUCAUAGUGAUUGGUUGUUUGAACACUUUCAUUUGUAAAGUUCUUUAGGUCGUGCCGGACUUCUUUGUCAAGCAAUUUUGGUUCCUAUCAAUUGAUAUUCAUGGUUUAUAA